AACUAUCGCUUCCCCUCUUCUCCGCACCUCACUCCAGGGCUGUCUUCAGCAUCUAUCACCACGAUGCGUCUCUUUCCAGUUCUUCUACUCUAUGGGGCCUUGACUCCCUCGGUUUCCGCCAUCCCUGCGGCCUCCAGUAUCGUGCCGCCUCCCCAACCCCAACCCGCCCUCCUUACUCAUGCCUCGGAGCCUCGCCCAUGGACCCGAUUCCGCGACUGGGUCAUCGAAUCUGUUUGGAGAACCGGUCGCUGUUCCUCUCACAAACACACAGGCCCACCACUCAACGUUCGAGAACGCUAUGAGACCGACGUGGUUCUCCGCUUUCACUUGCGUCAUCCGGAGGAGGCAAAGGCGUUGGCCUCGGCAUCACAAGCGCUAGUCUUAGAUGUCUGGGCUAUCACGGCGGAAUAUGUAGAUAUUCGUCUGACAGAUGACAUGAUUCCCUCCUUACUCGAUAUGCUCCCUCCCUCGCUCCGCACGGCCCACACCCCCCUCAUGGAUGAUUUGGUAGACAUGAUCUACAGCACAUAUCCGAGACAUCAUCCCAAGAGCUGGAAGAGUGAACAUGGCUUUGCGGGGGAUGGUCGAGUAUCUACGGUCGACGAUGUCUUCUUCCGCGAUUACCAGCCGCUCGAGGUUAUUGAGCAAUGGAUGAAACUAAUGGCAUCAAUGUUUCCGUCUCAUGUUCAAUUCACCAGCAUCGGCUUGUCUUAUGAAAAUCGUGAAAUCCCAGCCCUGCGACUAGGAGCUUCUAGAGCGGACUUCAAGUCAGCAGAACCGCGAAAGACAAUUGUGAUUGUCGGUGGUCUGCAUGCUCGCGAAUGGAUCAGCACAUCAACCGUCACUUACGUCGCAUACAACUUGAUAACCCAGUAUGGUCUGUCACACGCUGUCACACAGCUUCUGGACGACUAUGACUGGGUGCUAGUCCCAACGCUCAACCCUGACGGAUACGCCUACACUUGGAAGUCAGAUCGUCUGUGGCGGAAGAACAGACAACCAACCGGACUCCCAUUCUGUCCGGGGGUGGACCUUGACCGAGCCUGGGACUUUGAGUGGGAUGGAGAAUCAACUCGGUCAAACCCAUGCAACGAGAAUUACGCUGGCUCAGAGCCUUUCGAAGCUCUUGAAUCGCAUCGACUCGCCCAGUGGGCAAUGAAUGAGACCUCCAGCGGUCGUGCGAAUAUAGUGGGCUUCUUGGAUCUGCACUCUUAUUCACAGCAGAUUCUGUAUCCUUAUUCCUACACCUGCUCUUCUGUACCUCCGACCCUCGAAAGCCUCGAGGAACUAGCCUUGGGCCUGGCGAAGGCAAUUCGACACUCGUCCGGGGAACUAUACGACGUAACAUCUGCCUGCGAGGGCAUACUAAAUUCAGGCUCAGCGGGCUCAGCGGGCUCAGCUGCCAUCAUUACCUCGGGUGGUAGCGCGUUGGACUGGUUCUACCACCAACUACAUGCCAAGCACUCGUAUCAGAUUAAAUUGCGAGACCGUGGUAGCUACGGAUUCUUGCUUCCAUCCGAACACAUUGUUCCCACUGGCGAGGAGAUCUUCCACGCCGUGUUGGCAUUUGGCGGAUUUGUCACGAACGAGGCCAUCGUCUCUUCCACUGACUUCGACUCUUCGAUCAGCGACCAACAGCCACUGGUCUGA